GAUUAUUUAAAUAUAAGUCAUAUUAACGGAAAGUCCGUUAACACAUUAGUUUUUGUAGUGAUACCAAAUUCUUUCAUAACAUCAUUUAUUUUGAAAUUUUUUCAAUAUGGCCGUUCCAAAAUUUGGAAAAUGCAAUAUUCCGGCUGUGGGUUACGGUACGUUUUCCAUUGUCGAUGAAGAAGUACUAGAAAAGGCCCUAGGAGCUGCCAUCGAAACAGGUUACAGGCAUAUAGAUACAGCUCAUACUUAUGAUAACGAGCAUUUGAUAGGGAAAGUGUUAAAAAAAUGGUUUGAUUCUGGAAAGUUACGUAGAGAAGACAUUUUUAUCACAACAAAACUACCGCCACAUGGCGUUCAUCCUGAUAGAGUUGAAAAGUUUUUGAAGGAAUCUUUGGAAAAGUUGCAGCUUGAUUAUAUUGAUCUCUACUUGAUACAUUUUCCAGUUACAACCAAAACUAGGUUACAUGUGCUUCCAUUGGAGGUUGAACCCACAGAUCAUCUAGCAGUUUGGAAAAAACUAGAAGAACAAGUUGACUUGGGACGGGUCAAAAACAUCGGCCUGUCAAACUUCAACCAAAGACAAGUCGCCAGAAUUCUGGAACAUUCCAGAAUUAAACCAGCAGCCAACCAGGUUGAGCUUCAUGUGUAUUUACAACAGCCUGAACUAGUAAAAUUCUGUCUGGACAACGGUGUAGCCUUGGUCUCGUAUUUUUCAUUGGGAAAUCCAGGAAUUGCCAAAUUCUUUGCCGCACAUGGCUCCGGACAUUUAAAGUUCAAACAGUUUGGGCUUCUGGAUAAUCCAACCGUUCAACAAAUAGCAGAAAAACAUCGUAAAAGCACAGCACAGGUUUUGUUGAGAUUUCUUGUUCAAAAGAAUAUCUCAGUGAUUCCAAAAAGUAUCAACCCCGAUAGAAUCAAGCAAAAUAUCGAUCUGUUUGGUUUUAAUCUGGACGAGGACGACGUAAAAGCUCUGGAAAGUCUGGAUAAGGGUGAAGGAGUGAGGGAUCUAGGCGAAGUAUAUUCACAGGCGGUCAGGGAUCAUCCAGAAUACCCCUUCUAAAAUGAGCGAAAUUGAUUUUUGUAUUUUUUUUUCGUGUAUAUAUUUUAAUGUUUUAUAUUCAAAAUAAAAUUUGAGUUUGGUU